CACCGCAAUGCGUCAUGACGGAGGACGCUACGUCCUUUGACGUAUGACUCAACCAGGAAGUAGCUGGAUAGCAGCCGGUGAAAAUGGUAACCUUCACUCUAACGUUCAUACGCCAUGGGGAGACGCAGUACAACAGAGACAAGCUCCUGCAAGGUCAGGGAGUGGACACACCUUUGUCAGAAACCGGUGUGCAGCAAUGCAAAGCUGUGGCACGAUACCUUAGAGACAUCAAGUUCUGCAAAGUCUUUGUUAGUAACCUGCAGCGAGCUGUGCAGACAGCGGAAAUAAUUCUGAGGAACAACACUCACUGUUCUGGUAUGGAGAUGAUUUUGGAGCCCUUACUCAGAGAACGGGGUUUUGGCGUGGCUGAAGGCCGUCACAAAGAGUAUCUGAGGAACAUGGCGAAAGCAGCUGGUCAGUCCUGUCGUGAUUUCACGCCGCCAGGAGGAGAAACUUUAGACCAGGUGAAGCAGAGGUUCAAAAAUUUCCUCCAAGUUCUUUUUAAACAAAUGCUGGACGAUCAGGAAACGACCGCAGACGUCGCCUCCGCCAGCGACGGCCACCAGGGGGCGUCGGACCACGUCCUGGUGGUGAGUCACGGCGCUUACAUCCGGGUGGCUGUCAGGCACCUGCUGGAGGACUUGAGGUGCGUCCUGCCUGCGGGCGUGAAGAUCUCGCAGCUGCUUUUGCCGUGUCCCAACACGGGCGUCAGCCGCUUCGUUGUCACUCUGAGCCGGAGCGAGUCGGGUCCGCUGCUCUCUGCCGCCUGCUGCCUCUUUACCAACAGGAAGGAGCAUCUGGAAAACCUGCCGCCUCCUGAGUAGCAGAGAAGAAACGGAGAAGAUUGGGGCUUCCAUAAACGAAAUCAAACUGUUUUCUCGAUUACCAAUGAUGAGAAUCAUUUUAAAAGUUGCGUCUGUUGGGAAAAGCACUAAACUUUUAUAAUUUAAUACCAAAGUUGAAUCUAUUUAUUUUGUCUUUGAGUGCACAUGUUCCUCAUUCUACAUGUGCAACAAACUACGAAGACCUGAAUCAUGGUGAAAUAUCCUGGAUAAAAGAUUGUAAAGACACUGUGCUGUAAUUUAUUUGUGAUAUAUGUGCCUGUUUGUUUACUGUGGGGUGUUAAAUUAUUACUUUUGUUAAAUUCUGAAAUGAUUUAUAAGCUAAGUGCUUGAAACCUCGUUGUCUUAUAGACAAAAUCAUUAAGAUAAACUCAAACUGACAACUUUCAGCACCAUUCAGACAUAAUCGCACAAGAAAAUUAAGAAAUACCUCUUUAACAGAUUUAAGUUAUCCACUAAUGAACAGAGAUUUUUGACACUCUUGGUAAAAAUGUAUGGAAAGCCUUAAAAUAAAUAAAUCUUUUACUGCAGCAGGAUAAUUUUAACCAGGUGAAAGUGAAAAUUCAAACCUUCAAUUUUUGCGUAUUUAGGAGGAAGGAAAACACAAAUAAAAAAGUUUAUUAUUUUCCCUAAAGUCAUAAGUUUUAGAUUUGUUGGUAUUCUUAGCAAAGAUGACUGGCUCCUUUUUUUACUUCUAUUUAACCUUUUAAAUCAAGUCUUUUAAAUUAAGUCAUUCGGGUAUGUCAUCAAUAAUAAUUUGCUCAUGAAUUUUGCAUAAUUUUUAAUUACAUUUUUAUAAUUCAGAAAACAAGAGAACAUGGCUUUCAGAUAAAGUGCUGGUUACAAACAGAGUAAACUUUUUAUUUUAAUUUAGUCAGGAUGUUGAUCGGUUUUAGAGGCUGCGUCAGAUCGCAGAAUCACAGCUUCAAAAUAUUUCUUGGAUGCAAUUGACGUUCUUUUAGUGCCUUUCAUAGUUUUGGCCUCUGCAAUCAUCUCUAACAGCCUUU